AUGGGAAAUACAGUUCCAUAUAGCUGUUAUGAAAGAUGGGGGAAAAGGACACCCGAUGGUCCUCUGAUAAAUUACAAUCCAGAAAUGACAAAUAAUGGGCCUUUAUCAAAUUUGAUAGAAAAUUUUAACUAUGAAUUAAAACAAGAAGAAUAUAAUGCAAAUAGGAAAGAGUAUAACGAAAGUAAUACAAAUCAGGGAAUAGGAAAUAGUCAUGAAAAUCGAAGCGAUUUAAAUAAUAGUAACAAUAAUGAAGAUGGGAAAAUAAAACCAAAUGUUAUAAGAAAUGCAAGAAGAAGACCUACAUAUUCUCCAACAGCUCGAAAAAUAAAUAUAAAAGAUGAAAUAUAUGAUGAAGAUGAAGAUGAAAAAUUAUCUACAGAUAAUUCAGGAGAAGAUAUUUCAGCAAAAAAUUUAAAAGAUGAAAAAAUUAAAGAAUACCGAAAAAUAUUAACUAAAAUUGUUAAAAUAAAAACUACUAUUUUUCAUGAAACUGUUAAAGUAACAUGUUCAAAAGAUGGGAAACUUCUUGAAUGGUAUAAAGGAAAAGCAGAUGAUGAUGGGCAUAAGAAACCAAUUGGAUCUUUUCCUUUAAAUAAAAUAACAUCGAUACGAACCAAAGUAGACAAUCUUAAAUCUCUUGAGAUAUCUGUUAGUAGUGUGAACAUUAACACUUACCUUUUCAUAUUUAAAACUAGAGAAGAAAGAGAAAGUUGGCAAAACCAUUUAGAAUCAUUUAAAAAUAUUAUGGAUAUGAAAUAG